GUGAGGAAAGUGAGAGGGUUGUGGAGGGUUUAGGAAACCCCCACCAUCAUAAAGUCAGGAUGAGCAUCUAUAAGCAGCUCCAGACCUCUGAUGAAAUCAUGCAAACAAACACAAAGCACAUGAUCUGCACCAAAUCGUCUGAUGCGGUUAUGGACUCUAAGCUGAAAACACUUAGGAGCUACACACAUCUUGAACCUGAUUACACAGAGGAACAUGAAGAUCCAAGAGACUACUGCUACGGUGGGUAUCACCCAGUCCAGGUGGGAGAUGUGUUUAAUAAGAGAUACAAGGUUCUGUCAAAGCUGGGUUGGGGUUAUUUCUCUACUGUAUGGCUCUGCAUUGACCUCAGGUCAGGCAGGCAUGUGGCAGUGAAAGUGUUGAAAAGCGGAGCUGGAUUCACUCAAGCUGGACAAGAUGAACUGACUUUACUGCGAUGUGCCAGUGGUCCCACAGCCCGCGACCCUCUAAAAGACCGUAUAGUGCAGUUACUGGAUGAGUUUAAGAUAGCUGGUGUGAACGGCAUUCAUAUCUGUCUGGUGUUGGAGCUGCUGGGGCCGGACUUGCGCUGUUGGCAAGUGUGUUUUGGGAAUCCAGGCCUUUCUCUCACCUGUGUCAAACACGUCAUCACUCAGGUGCUUGAAGGUCUGGCGUAUCUUCACAGUCACUGCAAGAUCAUUCACACAGACAUCAAGCCGGAGAACAUCCUGCUGUGUGUCACGCCGCAGUCCUCGUCUCAUCCUCCGGGGGACGCGACACAAACUUACUCUACAGCCAUUAAAACCACACUCCUCCAGGAUCCUGAAGCACCUGGAAACUUGGAUAAUAUCACGGUGAAGAUUGCGGACCUUGGCAGCUCGUGUUGGGUGUACAAACACUUUUGUCAAGAGAUCCAGACCAGACAGUAUCGCUCUCUGGAGGUCCUCCUGGGCUCUGAAUACGGUCCUCCGGCUGACAUCUGGAGUGUGGCCUGUCUGGCAUUUGAGCUUGCUACUGGAGAUUCCCUAUUUGAACCAAAAGCAGGGCCGAAUUUCUCCUUAGAGGAAGACCACCUGGCUCAUAUUAUUGAGCUCCUGGGUAAGAUCCCAGUGUCUGUGGCUCUGUCUGGGAAAUAUUCCCAUCAGUAUUUCAACCGUAAGGGUGACCUGCGGAGAAUAGCUGUGCUCCGUCCGUGGGGGCUGUAUGAAGUGCUGGUAGAGAAAUAUCACCUUCUCCUCAGAGAGGCAUCAGUUUUCUCUGAUUUCCUGUUACAGAUGUUGGACUUCCUGCCAGAGCGGAGGGCAACCGCAGCCCAGUGUCUCAAACAUCCCUGGCUAAAGCUGUAACCCUCUUUGCUUUUAUUACUUGAAUAGGUUUCUGUUCAUGUCUGUUCUGUGUGUGUCGAAUGAAAAGGCCAUGCUUCCAAAGUGUUUUUUUUUAUUAUUAUUGAAAGUCUAUAUAAGUGAAAAUUGUGUCUUCAUUUUACUCACUCUCUUGUUCCAAAUCUGUAUGACUUACUUUCCACUGUUGAAAACCCACAAUAUAUUUUCAUAUAAUCAGUGUUCCAGAGUAGAAAGAAAGGCAUGCAGGUAACAUUAGGGCAAGCAAAUCUUGAGUGAACUAUCCCUUUAAACAAGGAUGUCUGGGUCUGAAACAUGGAUAUGUACAUAGCAGAGCUUGCACAGCAAAUGCAUUUAAAGCUCUGGAAUGUGUUUAAUGGUCUGGUGCAUACAUUCCACUCUUAAAUAAGGCCUGUAGUGUUACUAUGCAUAGAUCAGAGACUAUGAUAACUAUAUGACCGAUCAGUUCUCCUGACUUCAGUAACAUUGGUGCUCUGAGAUGUAAGUGGUGUGUUCUGAGUUUAAAUACAUUAAACAAACCAACUGUUUUUUGAUCAAAGUGUAAAGAAUGAACAAUUUAGAUAAAUAAAUGUUUUUUAAGACAUUUC